GCCCUCCACUGCGGAAAUUGCGGAGCAUUCCAACCCAACCCGACCCGAUCCAUGGCCGCCGCCGCCGCCGGCGACUGGACCGUCGUCCGCCGCCGCGGCCGCCGCCGAGGUGACGCGGCGGGGGACGCCGCCUCGCAACCGGACGCUCCACCGCCUCUCCCCGUCACCCCGAUCCCCUGGUCCCCCUCCGACCCCUCCCUGGACCCCGCGCACGUCUCCCGCCUCGUCGACCGCGCCCGCGCCGCCAUCUCCCGCGUCGUCGCCUCCCGCCUCUACGGGCGCCUCCUCCUCCCGGGAUCCCCGCUGCGGCGCCGCCUCGCCCUCCUCGCCCCCACGCGGCUGUCGCUUCUCGGUGUCGGCAGCUUCGAGAACUCCCCCUCAUCCCGCCUCCAGCUCGCGCUCGCCGCGCUCCUCCGCCGCGACCUCCUCCUCCUCCCGGAAUCCUCCGCCCACGCCGACCUCUUCGACCCCGUCCUCUCCGCGGCCGAGUGCGCCGCGGCGGCGGCGCUGGGCUUCACCGUGCCAGGCGUCAACGACGGGUGCCGCCGCCGCGCCGACGAGCCCACCCUCUUCUACAUGCCACACUGCGAGGCGUCGCUCUACGAUGCCCUCCUCGCCGCCAACUGGGAGCCACCCUCGCAGCUCCGCCAUGUCUGCGUGCUCGGCAACAGCUUCCGCAACUACGCGAUCCAGGCGGAGGAGAACAGAUCGGGCCCUGCCGCCAGGGCCAAGCACGUCCUCGCGGCGGAGCGGUUCGCGUGGGAGGAGCGGGUCAGCGAGAAGGGCGGCGUGGAUGACGACGACGACGACGUGUUCAACCGCGCGUUCAACGAAACGAGCUGGCAUUUCUUCGAGGUGGAUGACGCCGCCGACUUGGCUGCCGCCGUCGCCUCCACCGGAGGACGGAGAUAAGUUCCGAAGUACUCUUCUUAAUUUCAGUACUCGUGACUGUAAUUGUAAGAGCAUUGUUUGUCCAAUUGGAUGCUUUUGGUGAUCAAUACUCGAUAUUUACAUCUUAAUUAGCUACACCGUGUUACUUA